GGAUGUGCCGUUUUUGCGAGGUUCGCUAGCGCAGCAAACAGCACACGAAACAGUCACGGCGCCGCCGCCUUACCCAUCGCUUUUGCUCGGCUUUGCAUCCUUUUUAUUAUCGUGCGCGGCUGGCCAAAACCAGUUCGCCAGUGAAAGCAACCCCUCGCCGCCCCGCCCGAAUUCUUCUUCGCACAUUCCGGCGUGCUCCCGCGCGUAAAGCGCACUCCAGAGCGCGGUCGUCAUCGUCAGUCGUUCGGUGUCCAUUCACGAAUUCGGUCGCAAAGCCGGCAACAAACAAGCCAAGUCUCGCAUAGACUUCAAGCGAAGGCUUCAAGUGCAUAUACAAUACGUGCAAACAUUUUCGCGUUAUAUCGUGCGUGAUAUGUUCUUAGUGUAGGCUAUCCAGCAAGUGUGAACAGUGGUGAAAGAUGUGCAAAAUGAACGUCGUGAACGAAUUAUGAGAACAAACCACUAGCCUGGGUGAAGCAUUUAAAGCAGCAGUGCUGAUAUUAAACACGAAUUUUCAGUGAUUUUGUGUCGUUAUUGUUGAUAGCUCGAAUGAGCCUAGUUCUUUGCAAAAACAUUUUAAACAAGCGUGACUUCUUCCGCAAGUGACUCGCCCUGGUGCUGGUGUAUUACAACGCGAAGGGUUUGGAACCCUUCCCUCGGUGGCAUACAGUGUCAGCGACUUGUAGUGUGGUGAAAACACACAUUUCAGUGUAUUUUUGUGAGUGUUUGUGUGGAAUUACUUCCAACAUUCAGUGAUAGCGGUGAUAUCACCUGAACAACCUCUCCACUGCGGGAAGCGCAACUGAACCUGCUGCCAACCGCUUGCCACGGAACCAUACACCGGCAACGGAGCAACUACGGACCUAGCAAGUGACAAGGCAGUAAUGGCUUUGUCGCUUCUGCAGGACGCUCAAACAGCAAGAGGAUUAGACGCCGUCCGUACGUUGCAAGGUAUGAACCGUGACGAGGAGCGCAGCCUGUCGGUAUCGCCACCGCUCACCGGCCAGCGCCAGCAGCACCAUCUCGCCAUGAGCUUCCAGCACACGCCCUCCCUGUACGGUGGGUUCCACCCGGCGACCGCGUCCGCCAUGGGCAUGCUCGCGCCCCAGCUGCUCGCCGCCAACCAGACGGCCGCCGCCCUAAUGGCCGCCGGGCUGCCCAUGUCCCUGCGGGCAUCGCUCGCCACCGGCCUGUUCCCCCCGCAUGCCGCCCUGUUCGGUGCGUGGGCACCACCGACGCCGACCAGCAACAACAGCAGCCCACCGCCGCCCCAGAGCCCGAUCUCGCCCGCCCUCAGCCACAAGAGCUCCAAAUCCCUCAAGCUGAGUGUCGCCAACAACAACAACAACAGCAGCAGCACAAACAACAAUCACAUCGUGUCCACCACCUCGGAGAUUGUGCCGCAGACGAAGAAGCUGACCAAGCGCAAGCACCAGGCCUCGCUGCGGAAGGAAUUGUCUGCAGCGGCGGCCCAGCACCACCAGCACCAACAGCACCAACACCAUCACCACCAUCUGCAGCAUCUGAUGCGUUCGCCGAGCCAUUCGCACCAUCUCUCGAUGCCGGUCGACAUCCCGGUCAGCCCCGGGCCGAUCUCGCCCCCGACCUCCGGCUCGUCCCCCCAGUCGAACGGGAGCGUCGAGCUGCCGGCGACGAUCACCACCACGACCGGGGCGGCCGGUGCCGCCGCCGGCAUCAACAACUCCUCCUCCUCCACCUCCUGCUCGUCGGUGGCGUCGCGGGAUCCGUCGCGCGACAAGGUGUUCACCUGCAAGAUCUGCAGCCGCUCGUUCGGCUACAAGCACGUGCUGCAGAACCACGAGCGGACGCACACGGGCGAAAAGCCGUUCGAGUGCCCGGAGUGCCACAAGCGGUUCACGCGCGACCACCAUCUCAAGACGCACAUGCGGCUGCACACGGGCGAAAAGCCGUACUCCUGCACGCACUGCGACCGGCAGUUCGUGCAGGUGGCGAACCUGCGCCGGCAUCUGCGGGUGCACACCGGCGAGAAGCCGUACGAGUGCGAGAUGUGCGACCAGAAGUUUAGCGACUCGAACCAGCUGAAGGCGCACAUGCUCAGCCACAGCGGCCAGAAACCGUUCCACUGUGAUAGGUGCAACUCGAGCUACCGGCGGCGGCACCAUCUGCUGCACCACAAGUGCGGCCUGCCGAGCCCGCCGACGCCCGCGGUCAGUCCGGCGGCGAGCGGCGACCAGCUGUCCGACCAUGCCAAGUCCGUGUGCGGCGGGUCCGAAUCGAGCGACCUGUCGCUCGACCGGCUGACGAAGAUUCCGACCCCGCCCGGCAUGCUGCUGCACCACAAGUUCCCCGGCCUAACGCUGCCGCUCAGCUUCGGCCCGCUGCCGGCGGGCGAUGGGGCGAAGCCGGACGCGGCCUCGGCGAUGGAUCUGCGCGCCACCAGCCGGUCCCGCACGCCGCAGCAGAUCGUGCACAUCAAGAGCGAGCUGCCGGAGCAGACGGAGCCGGAAGAUCUGAGCAUGCAUUCGCCCCGCUCGCCCGUCUCGAUGGAGGAGCUGGACGAGCUGGACGAUGCGGCGACACUCUACCUCAAGCAGCGCCAGCAGCUGCUGCAGCAGCAGAACAGCACCGCCACCGGAUGGAGCUGUAAGGCGGAGCACAGCAGGGAAGCAUAACCAAAAAAACAAAACAAAACGUAAAACACUAUCCACACACACACGAACACACACCUCAAGAUGCCAAUCUAUUAACUAAACUAAAGAGUUACUAUUAAGAAGAGUCACACACUUACGCGUGUUGGAGUACGAUGAUACGCACGGUUAUUAUUAGGAGAAUUUAUCUAAACAAACACACACACACAUACACAUCUUAGAGAAGAAUAUGUGUGUUUUGCAUAGAGAGAGAGAGAGGGAUAGAGAGAUAGAGAGAGAUAAAGGGGGCGAAAGGACUUCUUCCUGAAACUGAACCACUUCUCGAAGUUGUAUAUAAUAUAUCAAUGUAUGAGCCUUUGAAAUCUCGAUGUACAAAGUAAUUUUAACACGUUAUCCUUUCACUGAUCUUUUCACACAUCCUCCCUUUAAUAUCUCUCUCUUUCUCUCUCACAUUCUCUCUUUCUUAAACGAUUUUACAACAAACAAAAAACAAAAAACAUCCCAAAUCAAGUCAAACACUCCAAAAACGUUGCAAAAGGGAGCUUGAAGCAAAUCUAAUACGCUCUUAACUUAAGCGGACAUACUUUUUUGUUAAUUUUUUGCUAACAAUAUACACAUAUACACCCAAAAAAAACACACACACACUCAUACGCAUUGCUCAUUAGUUUCGUUUCGGUCAAGCCGGACCGCAGUGGCGCUUGCCCCGCCGUGAAAAUGGGGAAAAGGGGGCACAGCGCCACUGUACAGGUCGUUUGCGGUUUGCUUUUGGUAUAAAAAGUUCCUCCUCAAUAGUUCGCGAUAAAGUAAAAGAAAAUGAAAAGAGAAGCAAAAAAACAAAGCAAAAUCAUCAAAGUUAAAAAGAAUCAAAACAAAGUGUGAGGAUAAUACAAAACGAAUGGAAAGGAAAGUCCCCGUUUUACACAUCACAACAAAAUUGGUUCCAUAAUCAAAUUUUUUGACGAAAACGAACGCCAUCAUCUAAAACUGGUGUGUCUGGGAGUUGGGAAGUAGAUCGCGAGGAUCGAUCUGGGAUCGUUUUCGUUGUUGGGUAUGGAUUGAAUGGAUUGAAUGAAGGGAGGGGAAAACUGAGUUGGACAAAAAACAAAACUCUCAAAACAGCAAACGCGGUUUGCACAGUUGUGCCAAAAGUCCACCUUUUUUUCACCAAUUUAUGGGGAGCGGGAAAAUUAGGAAAAUUGCAACAAAAAAACACACACACACGCAAACGCAAAGGUAGCAACAAAAAUCAAAAUUCGUUUUUAAGUUUUAGUUAUAGCUUCUAAUUUUGUACGUGGGGGGGUUUACCGGGUUACGCUUAAGUUGCGACUGGCAAAGUGUUAAGAGGCAAAAGGUCUGUUUAGUUCCGUAAGUAGGAGGGGUUUUUAGUUAUUUUUCGUUUGUAGUAAUGUCGUGGCUGAACUCCAGCAAACAACAAAUGGUGCGGUUAUCUAUUAAUAUUAUUUUUCUUUAUU